AAGUUCCCGUUUUCAGUUACUAUGAGUAAAGCUGAAGAAUGCUCAUGCAGCUACAGGAUCUAGAAAACCUAAUACCAGAGAGUCCUCAAAUCAGCCCAAAUUCCUCUGGACUUGGCAUGGAAAUGAUUAGCAUGAAGACAGCUAAAGGUAUAAUUACAGAGCAAACAGAUCCACUUGGGCAAGAUCCAGAUGGAAUGCCUUAUUUACAGUACGGCAAUUUACAAUUCCCUCAAGUUCAACAGCAAAUAGCCUCACCGUCUUAUUAUUCCAACUUGGGUUUCUAUCCCCAGCAGCCUGAAGAAUGGUAUUCUCCUGGAAUGUACGAACUCAGGCGAAUACCCUCUGAUAAUAUCUUCACAAGAGAGACUGAGUUUGUGGAUAUGCCUGUCAUCAAGAAGUCCCGAAUGGGGGCAUCUGCAGGGAGAGUAAAAGGAGAAGAACUUUGUGUGGUUUGUGGAGACAAAGCCUCUGGAUAUCAUUAUAAUGCGCUGACUUGUGAGGGUUGUAAAGGAUUCUUCAGAAGAAGUAUAACGAAAAAUGCUGUGUACAAGUGCAAAAAUGGAGGGAACUGUGAGAUGGACAUGUACAUGAGGAGAAAGUGUCAAGAGUGUCGGCUCCGGAAAUGCAAACAGAUGGGGAUGUUGGCCGAAUGUUUAUUAACAGAAAUACAAUGCAAGUCUAAACGCCUGAGAAAAAAUGUGAAACAGCCCUCUGAUCAGACAGCCAAUGAAGAUAGCGAGGGGUCUGACCUGAAACAAGUGACAUCUACAACUAAGUCAUUCAGGGAGAAAAUAGAACUUACCCCAGAUCAACAGAAUCUUUUGCUUUAUAUCAUGGAUUCAUACAGCAAACAGAGGAUGCCUCAGGAAAUAGCCAAUAAAAUUCUAAAGGAAGAAUUUAGUGCCGAAGAAAAUUUUCUAAUUUUAACAGAAAUGGCUACCAGUCAUGUCCAGAUUCUUGUGGAAUUCACAAAAAAAUUGCCAGGAUUUCAAACUCUGGACCAUGAAGAUCAAAUUGCUCUGUUGAAGGGUUCUGCAGUAGAAGCCAUGUUUCUCCGUUCUGCUGAGAUUUUCAACAAGAAACUUCCCGCUGGACACGUCGACCUCUUGGAAGAAAGGAUUCGCAAAAGUGGUAUAUCCGAUGAAUACAUUACUCCUAUGUUUAGUUUUUAUAAGAGUAUUGGAGAGUUGAAAAUGACCCAAGAAGAAUAUGCUUUGCUUACAGCAAUUGUAAUCUUAUCUCCAGAUCGACAAUACCUAAAAGAUAGGGAAGCUGUAGAAAGGCUGCAGGAACCACUGCUUGAAGUUCUACAAAAGUUGUGCAAGAUUCACCAGCCCGCAAAUCCUCAACAUUUUGCCUGCCUCCUGGGUCGCCUCACUGAGUUAAGGACAUUUAACCAUCACCACGCCGAGAUGCUGAUGUCCUGGAGAGUGAAUGACCAUAAAUUUACUCCUCUACUCUGUGAAAUCUGGGAUGUUCAGUGAUCAAUUAUUUGGCAGGGGGGGGGAAUAAUGCAUUUAUUUUCUUUGAAAAAUAAAUUGGCUGUAGAUCUUUAAAUCUUUUUGCAUUUGUAAUGGGAUUUCAUGCCUCAUUCUUGUUCAUAUGUAUAUACUAAUUAUACAAGCUUUGACAGCUGUAAAUAUAGCAGUG